AUGACGACCACACAACACGCGCACCAUGCACUUCCGGAGACGGUUGAGGGGGAGGACCGCCUUGUAAACAGGCCUGCACCUGGUAUCUCUUACUUCACACCGCUGCAAGAUCCUCCAGCAGGAACGGCCCUGGGCAUGAAGGAUGGCAGCGACAAGAUCCCUAAGCUCUUCAAGCCGCUCAAGAUCCGUGGUCUUGAGCUCCAGAACCGUAUCUUUGUUGCUCCCCUCUGCCAGUACUCCGCCGAUAAUGGACACAUGACAGACUGGCACCUCGCUCAUAUCGGCGGCAUUGUUCAACGUGGACCAGGGCUUACUUUUAUUGAAGCUACCGGCAUCGUCCCUGAAGGUCGCAUCACGCCCCAGGAUGUCGGCCUCUGGCAAGAUUCUCAGAUCGAACCGAUGGCCCGCGUUGUCGAAUUCGCCCAUUCCCAGAAUCAGAAAAUCGCCAUCCAGCUCGCACACGCCGGCCGCAAAGCUAGCACCGUUGCGCCAUGGCUUAGCAUGGGCGACGUCGCUACGGAGUCAAUGGGUGGCUGGCCUAACAACGUCUACGGCCCCAGCGCCAUCGCCUUCAACGAUAAGCACGCGCAACCGAAGGAGAUGACCAAGCAGGACAUCGAGAAUUUUAAGUCUGCCUUCAAGGCUGCUGUUGGACGCGCGUUGAAGGCCGGCUUCGACGCUAUUGAGAUUCACAAUGCCCACGGUUACCUGCUACACUCUUUCCUCUCGCCCGCAUCUAACAAGCGCACCGAUGAGUACGGCGGCUCCUUCGAAAACCGUAUCCGCCUCACCGUCGAAGUCGUCGAGCUCGCUCGCGCAGCCAUUCCCGACACUAUGCCGCUCUUCCUCCGAGUCAGCGCCGACGACUGGCUUCAGGAGGCUGGAAUCGAGAGCUGGACCAUCGAUCAAACUGUACGCCUCGCCGAGAUUUUGGCUACCAAGGGUGUUGACGUGCUCGACGUGUCUUCCGCUGGUCUCCACGAGCAAAAGAUCAAGAGCGGGCCCGGAUACCAAGAGCCGUUCGCCAAGGCGAUCAAGGACAAGGUCGGCAACAAGCUGCUUGUUUCUGCCGUAGGCUCCAUUACGAACGGAGAGCAAGCGAAUGGAUACCUUGAGAAGGACAACCUGGAUAUCAUCUUCGCCGGACGCAUGUUCCAGAAGAACCCGGGUCUCGUGUGGGCGUGGGCAGAUGACCUUGGUGUGGAGGGCCGAUGGGCGAACCAGAUCCGAUGGGGUUUCGGUGGCAGAGGAUCCAGGGCCGGUCCUAAGACGAAUACGAAGAAUGUAUUUUAG